CCUUCGAGGGACUCAAGAGGCGGAAGUUUUCGAGGAGCUUCCUCAGGGAGCUUCGAGCAGCAGCAACAGCUCGAGAGGCGUCAGUAUAUCAGCUGGGACUGCCAUGGUAGGUUGUUUUUUCCUCCGAUCUCCUCUAAGAUGGUGAUGGAGGUUAGAGUGUUGCGAGACGAGGCCGACUUUUUCCAGGCAUACAUGUCUGAUAUGUCCGCUUCAGUAGACGUGAACGCUUACCUUGUGGCGCCUAGGAAGCAAGUGAAUUUAUCACCUGGUCAAGUUAACGCGCUCAUCUGGUGUCUUCUCCUCGCUUUCACGGGCUGGCUGCUUCACUGGCUGUUCGCGUACGUCACUCUAUGGCGGCGGGGAAACCGAUUUCCCGGUCCCAAAGGCCACCUCUUUUGGGGAAACACGGCAGAGCUCUUGGGAGCGGGAAGCGUGACAGACCUCAUUGGAAGGCUGCACUCGGACUACGGUCCCGUUGUAAGGCUCUGGAUGAGCCCGACGAAGCUGCUUAUAUCGGUUCGGGACCCCGCGCAGGUCCGCAACGUCCUGAUGCGGGCGCUUGAGCGACCCCCCGCCUUCAGCCAAAUUAUGGCUCGCUGCUUCGGAGCGGAGUCCACGCGUUUUUCUUCCUUCAUGCAGCCGCGGGCUCGCAGGUCCUUCUUAGAUUACCACUGCCAUACCACCCUCAAAUUCCAGGUCCAUGAGGUGACGUCUACCGUCGUUCACAUGACGUCACGCCACUGGACGUCUGUUGCCGGGUCUGGCGGGGAAAUUGACGUUGGUAGUGUGGCUAGGGAUAUGGUGGUGGGUGUACUCGGCGGUUCGUUAUUUGGAAGCGGAUUCCCUAUGUCGAGGAUACACGCUCGCUUGCAGGGUCUUUUGGAGAAGGUAGCGGCAGGCGCGCAGAAGUUUUCGCGGUUCCCGGUUGAACCGUUUUGGCUGCCGUCUUAUUGGCAGUUUUCCCGCGUUUGCGAAGAGUUUCGCGAAGUUAUGCGAAGGCUGAUGGCAGGCGAAUGCGAGGACGUCACAUGCGGGUUACCCGACGGUGGUGUUGGCAAUUUCAGCAGCGGAGGCCAAAACAUGGGGAAUUUGGAAUGCGAAGGGGAAAGAGCCGAACAGGGUCCCGUUGCCGCCGCCGUCGGCGCUGCUGCUGCUGCUAGUGCUGGUUUCGUUUCCGAUGUCAACAUUGGUCGUGGUACUGUUGAUGCUGCUGCUACUGCCGCUGCUGCUGGUGGGAUUUCACCCAGGGGCCGAGUCAGGCCACAGGAAGCACCCCACGAGGGUUUUCUCUCAGCCAUGCUGUCGGAACGGUCCCGUUAUGGUCGACCUCUUUAUAACGAGGCGACAGCGUUGGCCGAAGCUGCUUCUCUCAUGCUCCACGGCCACCUCUCGGUUCCUGGGCUUUUGGAGCGAGUGCUAGUCGCGCUCGCCGCACACCCCGAUAUACAGGACAAAGUUGUACAGGAAAUCCGCGCUGUAGCGAAAGGCGGGUCGCCUACUGACGAGGAUCUGCAGGAGCUGGCUUAUUUGAACGCGGUGAUAUACGAGACGGCUCGUGUCAUGCCGUGCCAGCCGCUAGUCACCAGGUGCGCGCUCUCAGGGAAUAUACGUCUGCCGGUGUCUCCAUCACCUCCGAAAGGCGGCAGCAGCAGGGGUGGAGCGUCGUUUCAUGCUUCGGGGGGGGGCAUAGGGGGGAUGCACGGCAGUGGGGACGACGAUGGGGAGAACGCGCGGUUUCUUUUGGUGCCUCCUGGCACCGUUUUGGCGCUCCCCAUGCACCUGCUGCAAAUGGACCCCUCCUACUGGGGCGACGACGCUGCGGAAUUCCGCCCCGAACGAUUCAUCCGCUUCAGGAAGCAGCAAGACUCCCCAGUGCAAGGCGGUGGUGCUCAGAGGAACGAGGCAGGGAAGGAAGACAGGGAAGAGAAGGAAGGGAAGGAAGGGAAGGAAGAGACGGAAGGGAAGGAAGCCAAGGAGGGGGAGCAGUGGAGGGAGGGGUUGCUUCCUGGGCGGGACUAUGAGUGUGUGGCUCCGGAGCAGGGGGCACACUUCCUCAUGUUUGGCGGCGGGCCGCGGUCAUGUGUGGGGCAGCGCUUCUCCCUGAAGAUCGUGCGCGCGAUUGUGGCGCUGCUGCUGCACCAGUUUGAGGUCUCCCUGUCGCUCGACAUGCCGCAUGCCUUCGCCUCUCAGCUGCACAACCUGGCGCUCCACCUCUCUCCCUCCCCUAGAAUCCGCAUCACCAUGCGCAAGCCCGUCCCUUCGCUGGACGCGUGCCACGCAACUGCGCCUGCUGCUGAUGAUGAUCUGACCGCAAGUUUUUAGCCGUGGUGUGAGUAGAACCCACUGCUGAUGACGACCUGACCGCAAGUUUUUAGCCGCAGCAUGCUCACCGCAUGCCAAGGUUUUCUAGUGCCCCAUAUCCUGCUCUCAGCUUAUUUUUCUGGGGCUUUUCCCUUGGAUUCUCCCUUUUCUAGGCUGGUCAUUCAGCCUGGGCUCGCUCGAUCUGUGUGUUCCCUUUCCUUUUUCCUCCAUUGGGAGUGUGGUUAUUGUGCUUGGUCUUCUGCUGACCAGCUUUUUUAUGUACUUUUCACAGCCUGGUUAUGUGAAUUUGGAAUUCGUCUGAAAGAUGCAAUGUAAGC